AUGACCAGCAACUCUGUCUCCAGCACCGCACUCGGCAAGUCCGCCAUCGGCACCGGUGCGCUCAAGACCGCCAACCUGUUCGAUGUCUCGGGUCAAGUGGCGGUCGUGACUGGCGGUGGUACCGGACUGGGUCUGGUCACUGCCGCUGCGCUCGCCGAGAAUGGUGUCAAGGUGUACAUCACCGGCAGGAGGAAGGAGCUCCUCGAGUCGGCGGCCAAGCAGGCUAGCCCCAAGUCUGGGCCUGGUGUCAUCAUCCCCAUCCAGGCAGACGUUGCGACCAAGGAGGGCAUUGUCAAGCUGCGCGACGCCGUGGCCAAGGAAGAGCGCUACAUCAACAUUCUCGUCAACAACCACGGUGUCUCUCAGGGAAACGCCAACAUUGACGCCGCGGAACAGACCCCCGAAGGAAUCUCCAGCACCAUGUUCAACGACGACACAUUUGACCGCUGGCUCGACACGUACAGGAUCAACACGGCCAGCUACUACUUUACCACGUUUGCCUUUUUGCCCCUGCUCUGCGCUGCCAAGACUGUUGGUGGUUUCCCCGAGCCCGGUAACGUGGUGGUCAUCUCGAGCAUGUCGGGUAUCACCAAGACGUCCCAGCGCGGUCAGCUCAACUACAACGCCAGCAAGGCGGCCACCAUUUCUCUCGCCGACCAGAUGGCGACAGAGUUUGCCCGCAGGAACCUGGCUGUGCGUGUCAACACCAUCUGUCCCGGAUACUUCCCCUCUGGCAUGACCGUCAUCGACUCGCCCGACGACCCCGAGGUGUUCCGCGGCAAGCAGUGGGCCAUCCCCCUGGCGCGUCCUGGAAACGCUAUCGACUAUGCCCAGUGCAUUUUCAGUGUCGUGACGAACAAGUACCAGACUGGCUCGCAUGUUGUGAUUGACGGCGGAUGGCUGCUCGAGUCGGCGUUCUAA